AUGGCCAUCUCUAUUGCCAACAGCUCCUGUAGCCCGACGCGGCUGGGUCUGCUAGACGACAAAGGGCCUCCACCCAAGCAGAGCAUGUGGCAUCGCCUGGGUCUGCGACGAUGGCUGGGCCGCGACGAUCGAGAUUCUUCUCCCGCGGAGAAUCACAACCCCCACCGCACUUCUUCUGAAAGUACGCGUGCCAAGUCCGACAACCUCACCCGUCGACUCUCGCGGCGUGUGGGCGUCGGUCUACCUCGAUCGACGACUUUCAAACGACAGAACUCGGAACGACGCGACCGACUCGCACCCCUGGAGCCCGAACAUCGGCGGGCUCACUCGGCCGACCGCCGUCCGCUGAGUACCCAGAGAACCAAGUCUCCACCAUCGGCCGUGGACCCCAGAUUAUCUGCGCCCGAGGUUCAGUGGCCCGGCCCGACGCUCGCAACCACGGUCGACGAAGCCCCCGAGCCAAAUGAGGAACCCGAUUCCCCCGCGGACUGGGAGCCUGACGUGACAACUGAUGCACCCGUGGCGCCCGCGGAGGACACGCUCGAUAUGGAGCUGGAGCAGCGAUGGAUACUGAAUCUGAGUAUGCAUUUCCGGGAUCGAUCGGAGCGGGAGAAGUUUUUCGUCACCUAUGCGGAAACGCCGAACCGAUGGCGUCGAGUCACCAUUUCGUGCGAUUAUCGAGAUGCGCCCCCGGAUUCGCUUGAGCAGGACCUCAAGGAGCUGCGGUACCAACGCGACAAGUCUUCUCGAGUCUAUGAGUCUAUCCGUGAAUCGCUGCUGGAAAUUCAGUUUUAUGAUACCGUGACCAACCUCAAGCUGGAGACACGUGAUGGCCGCCUGCAUGUUCAUGUGACGGAGGAUGUUAAUGAGACCAUCCCCUAUCCGCCAAUCUCCAGCAUUGGACACCUGCAAGGUGCUCGGUGUGUUCCCGAGCAUCUUUUGCAUUUUGACUCCCACCUAUCAGGCUUUGUUUACAAGGUGCGGCUUGGCGGACAUGCCUAUAUAAAAAAAGAGAUUCCGGGACCAGAUACGGUGGACGAGUUUUUGUACGAGAUAAAUGCCUUGCAUGCGCUGAAUGGCUCCUCCAGUGUGAUCCAGGUGGAGGGAAUUGUGGUUGAUGAGCGGCAAGAGGUCGUCAAGGGCUUGCUGAUUAGCUACGCCGAUCAGGGUGCGCUGGUCGACAUCCUACGCGAGCGCUGGGCCAAGCAAAUCGUCCGGGGUCUCUGUGAGAUCCACGAGUCGGGUUAUGUCCAGGGUGACUUUACAUUGGCAAACAUUGUGGUCGAUGCCCAGGACAAUGCCAAAAUUAUCGACAUCAACCGCAGGGGUUGUCCUGUUGGGUGGGAGCCGCCGGAAAUUGCCGCGAAGAUUGAAAGCAACCAACGAAUAUCCAUGUACAUCGGCGUCAAAACGGAUCUAUAUCAAUUGGGAAUGACCCUGUGGGCAUUGGCGGUUGAAGAAGAUGAGCCCGAGCGUCAGCCCCGACCUCUGUAUCUCGGCGACGAUGUCAAGGUGCCCAAUUACUACCGGCGAAUAGUUGAUAUUUGCCUCAGCUCCACUCCACGACACAGACUGGCUGCAAAGGAGCUCCUCUCAAUAUUUCCUCACAGAUAUCUGCCAGCGCAGAUGUCGCAAAUGCCACCAGCACGUCAGCCACUCGAGUCGUGGAGCAAUGAGCCCAGACCUCUUCCAUUCAAGGGCAACUGGAUUGGCCCCCCACCUCCCGAUUUUACAAUUCCUCCAUCUCGAACUGUGAUGCAGCCUGUUAGCCAAUACGCCGCUCACAACGCUCCACUAGAACGCCCGUAUCUGAAAACACAAGAUGGCCAUCUACAACAAACCAUAUUUCCCGAAGAUCAUGAUCUAGGAAAGAGGUCGACCCUUACGCUAGCAGACUCAACUGGGGAAGCAGGCUUUCCGUCUCGACAUUCUUCUACGUCCACUUUGAAUCACGACGAGUCUCAGAGUAUGGGUGAAUGUCUGGACACUCGCCCCAACAAUCAUGUCUCGGAGCCUCAGCUUGAAGAGCAGGAAGUUCCCUCGAGCUUCCAGACACAUGCCAUGGCCAAUGGUGGUUUCAGUCACUCGCCGGAUAAGCGAUCAGUACCGGAAGAACCCGCACCCUUUGGUAAAUCACUAGCCGCAAGCUUGCCACGAUCCCGCCCUGGACCGUCGACUGAACGGCCACAAUCCCCGGUCUUGGACGACUCCCCAAAUCCCAGUUUCUCUGUUGACCCAACAUCGGCCGACCUACUCAAUAAAAAAACCAAUUCAUCCGGCGAAAGAGUCAUUCCCGAGCCCACGCCAAACGGGACUUCACAUUCCAUGCCAUCGCUCCUCCUCUCGGCCCUGCCUAUUAAUCCGGCUUUGGAAAUGCCCAGACAGAGAUCAUUUCCUUCGGAUUCAAAGAGCGUGCUAUCUCAUCACCCACAAUCUUCUCCAAUCCAGCCCAAGACCAACCAGCAACAACCAACACAGUUUCUCUCUGCGUCACGAUUGCCCAUUAAUCCGGCUUCAAAAGACUUGCUAUCGCACCGUCUUCAACCCUCGCCGAUUCAGUCUGAGCCUGGCCACCAACACACACUGUCUCUCUCUGCAUCACAACUGCCCAUCAACCCGGGUUCGAAGGAUCUAGAAUUCUUUCCGGUGCAGUCUGAGCUUGGUCACCAACAUAUACCGUCUCUCUCUGCGUCACGGUUGCCUAUUAACCCGGCUUUGAAUGACAUGGUAUCGCAUCAUUUACAACCUUCUCCGAUUCAGCCUGAGCCCGGUCAUCACCAACACACACUGUCUCUCUCUGCAUCGCGGUUGCCACUUAAUCCAGCUUUUACAAACUCUUUUGCGGAUCUUUCAUGA